UAAUUGUCAGUCUGAUUAUCACCUUUACCUUACACUCUCGAUCAUCGUCAAUUCCAAUUUUUCUAUCUCUACCGGCAGAAACAUUCGAACAUUUAUGGCUUCUUCCUCAGCUAGUCGCUGGUUUAGGCCUGAGGUGUAUCCACUGUUCGCCGCCGUCGGAGUUGCCUUCGGAAUCUGCGGGUUCCAGCUUAUCCGCAAUAUCUGCAUGAAUCCUGAAGUCAGGGUAAACAAACAAGGUAGGGCUGCUGGAGUAUUGGAGAAUUUCGUGGAGGGAGAAAAAUACACGGAGCAUGGUCUUAGAAAAUUCGUUCGCAAUAAACGACCAGAAAUCAUGCCUUCCAUCAACAGCUUCUUCUCCGACCCGCAGAAAAACUAGCUACUGCCUUGAAUUGCAUUGGUCUCUAGCCAUUGUUGUCAUCAUCUCCUGUUUGCCAUCCUAUGUAAUGUGUGAUGUGUUCGUGUUCAAGAAUGCUGUAUUUAGAGUCAAAUUGUGGAUCCAGCUUCCUCAAUUGAUGUUGUAAAUUAAUGCUAACAAAUUACCUUCGAAUCUAUUCUCGUGGAUACUCUAUGAUGCUUAAGUCAAUAUAUGAGAGCAUAUUACCAAA